ACAGUACCGUUAUUGUCGUACGAAUAUGUUCGAUAAUUGGAUUCACAGGUGAAUUCACACAAACAAACACAAAUAGCCAUUCGGUUUUUUAGAUAUAGAUUUGUGAACAAAAAAAAUGUCUGUAAAAAUUGUUCUUCAAUUGUUUAGAUUUCAUCUAUUACGUCAUAGAUUGAUGUAUCAUUAUUCAUCAUCACAUUCCAGAAUGUUCAUCUCAUAUUUAUUGUUGUUGAUUUAUAUGAUGAUGACCACUGUGACCAUUAUUGAUGCAUAUAGUAAUGGAGCACCGAAUGGUGAAGCAUGUCGUACAUUAUAUCCUGGUCAUGGUGUUGAUAAACAAUAUGGCCGUUCAUCUUAUCGAAUAAAUGCAUCAAAUCGAUUCAACGAUUCAAAAAUAGUGGUAACAUUAUAUUCACCAUCUGAUACAUUUCUUGGAUUCAUUAUGCAAGCUAGAUUACAUAGUGAUAGAGAAAUGUUAGUAAAUGGACAAUUCUCUUCAAAUGAACAUGCACAAGCAUUGGAUUGUCUGGGUGGUUAUCAGAAUACUUUAACGCACACAAAUUCAUUUCCAAAAUAUAAAAUUGAAACUGUAUGGACCCCACCGAAAAAUUUCAUCAGUGAUAUUGUAUUUCGUGUGACUGUUGUACAAUCAAAAAAUGUCUUCUGGACAGCUAUCGAUUCGGAUAUGAUUGAAUUAUCACCAAAUCCAUUAGGCGUUCAAUAUAAUCCGAAUAGUUUGAAUGCAUUCAACAUUCCCAAUGAUUCACCACAAAUUCCAAGUGGAUUUGUUGUGAAUAAAGAUAGCGAUCAUCAUCAUCGCCGUUCACCUUAUCAUGUAGCUCUAUCAUCAUCAGCCAUUACACCACCAUCACCAUUUCUAACUGUAUCACAUCAACCUUUAGUUCAGAAUUCACCAAAACAUGAUCCAAGCCAUAGUACACAUGAUCUUAUCUAUUAUCUUGAUUAUAAUGUAUGCAGCCGAAAACUUUGUUUUGGUUUGCCACAUGGCUGUCUUCGCCGACGUAAUUGUAUUAUUUUAAUGACUGCCGGCUUUGUCUUAUACACAGAUUCUGUAGUGGAAUUUGAAAUAAUCGCAGAUCAUAAAUCGGCAAUGACCAGUAAACGAGCAGUAACAUUCGGAUCAACAUCACCCAUCAUGUCUACCUCUGCCUAUUAUUCGAUGGCAUUAUCACAUGAUAAAAUAAUGGGCAAUGAUAGUGUUACCGAUUGUAUUCUGAGCAAUGGUCGACCACAAAUACUGAACAGUAUUAAUGUAGGAAAAUCAAAUGAAGAAUUGUCUGAAAGUGAAUUUCAUGGUGUAACCGUUAUGAAUGCUACAUAUAAUAAUGGUAUUCUUUUUUGUAAAUGGCGUAAACGGCGUCGUUUUACUUUACGUGGUACUCGCUAUGAUCUUCGAGAUGAUAAAUAUCAUAUUAUGCUGGCUUUUGGCCGUCUAUCUCCCUUCAGCAAUUUUCACCGUAAAGAACCACAUUUCGAUAAGAUUGUUUCCGAUUCGAUGGUCGAUUUUCGAAUGACAGGUUCAAUAUCAGCAUAUUCAAAAAUGUUUUUGAUCAAAUUUCAUGCAUUCUUUAUGAUUGUUGCUUGGGUUGGUUUUGCCAGUAUCGGUAUUAUUACAGCACGUUAUCUAAAACCUUUAUGGCUUUCGCAUUCAUUGUUUGGUGUUCGUAUUUGGUUUGCGAUUCAUCGUUCUAGUAUGUUGGCUGCAUUAAUAUUCGUCUGCAUCGGAGCUAUUUGCAUUUUCCUUCACGUUGAUGGUUUUACUAUUGGAUUUCAUCAAAUACUUGGAAUGAUUGCCAUUUUAUGUGCUGUCCUAAAUCCAAUUGGCGCUGUAUUUCGGCCUGAAUGUGAAUCAAGUAAACGAUGGAUAUUUAAUUGGAUACAUUGGUUAAUCGGAAAUAUUGGCUAUGUUUGCGCUAUCGGUGCCCUUUUUAUGGCAUUUCAAUUGAAUUCUAUACAUUUAUCUACCCCAUACUUAUGGUCAAUAGCUUUCUAUUUAUUCUUCAAUCUAACAGUACAUUCAUUAUUACAAUUGUAUUUUUGCAAUUGUCAUCAUACCAAAGAAUCAAGCGACAUAUCUGAUGGAUCAUUACCAUCAACAUCAAAUACUAAUCAACGAAUAGAUAGCCUUGCGGAUACAUCGUUUUUACGAUAUUUUUUUAUCUUAUACAUUUCCGUUAUAUUAAUCUUUGUGAUCACAAUCAUCUCAAUCAUAUUAAUCAAUUAACUCUUAAAGUGCCAUGUCACUCAUGU